UUCAGCUAAAGCAAAACUGUAUCACAUACAAACAAACCCGAUAAAACCGUGAGAUCACGAUAGCAGUAAGCUGAUCGUGGGCUUUGAAUCGUCAAGCAUGUAUGCAAACGCAGGAAAGCACAACACGCUUUCUACGCGAAAUAUGGCGUCAUCAUUCUCAUGCAACCAUGUGAUUUUACGGUCAUUUACCGGGAAGCCUGGUGCUGCCUACUGCAUCAAAAUAAUUGCACCGGAGAAAUGUUUUAUCAACGAACCACUAGGUCUAGAAUAGCACAAGAGGCAUGGCCAAGAGGAAGGACCAUUUGUAAAGGAAGCACGAACCAUGGAAAAUGUGUUACGAAGUGCUGGCACGCUUACUGUACUGGAGUCCAUAUCUCCACGAACAUCUGGAACAGCAGCCAAGCGAGCGAGCGUACAGGCGGUUGCUCAUCACGCUGUUUGUUAUUACUCAGCGGUGGACAGAGUUGGUACAUCGAAGCCACUCUGUUCAUUGAACUCCAUCCCGCGUUUGUCAUUUAUAAAGUGCUUACAGAUUGUAACCGGAAGUCCUGUUCGCAAUAUUUUUCCUAAUUUUGUUAUUCUUUUGCAUUUAAUUAAUGUGACCUAACCUGUUUAGGGUUUACCAGCUGUACACGUCAGCGAAUGAACAUUAAUUUCGCAGCGCAUCUUUUACUUUGCUUUCGGCAUCGCUCCUCUUUUAGUCAUCCCUUCAGCGCCGAUGGUUAACCAUUCGUGGAGUUAAAAAGGUUAUACAGUUUAACCUGGUUGAAUCAGGCUGAUCAUAUAAGAAUCUUAUCAUGGUGAUCCAAUUCCUCCGAUAAUUAGGACAUUCCGAUUUCAAUUGGUGUCAAUUUUGGAUUUUAGCAUUGCCUGCCGUUCCAUUUGUGGUAAUCACGAUCGUGUCUGCUUACACUACGGUUUAGUAAUUCUCCGAAGAAACGUCUAUACUCAUACCGGAAGUUUCAUUUUUGUGGAAACGCUUCAUAUAUCUCUAUUGGCAUUUUGUUAUUUAAAUCGAAAUGGUGCACCUGCUGGAUUGGCUGCGACGCUGUCCCAGCGGACCAAGCCGCUCGAGGUCACCGGAAGUCUCGGCACCUGCCGCCGCUCCCCUUAUCCCGGCUCCCAGGCUCCCGUCCCCCCAGCUAGCCGGUCUCCCGUCCCCCCAGCUAGCCGGCUCCAUCCCGGCUAACCUUCACAUGGUCUCCGAUCCGAUGGCGGUUCCUGUGCGGCAACGCGCCGUUUCCGCUAUUUGCGAGGAUCGCGCCGCUUCCUUCGACGAAGUGUUCCCGGCUUCCCAGUCCUUCACCGACGGGACAGCCAUGUCGCCCAGCGAUUCCGGAGUAUUUUUGGAAAUGGAUAAGCAUCGUCGGUACUCUGUACAGGAUAUGGAAUUUUACAAGGCGGAGUGCGAGAAGGCCAUCGGGAAGGCACAGGAUCAAUAUAAGUGUAUUAUCUGCUUUACCGGUGACCGCGCCAUUAUGUUCUCGCCAUGCCACCAUGUUAUUACCUGCUCCAAAUGCGCCAAUACCCUGCCGUUCUAUGAAACCAUAACCGGUCACUCUAUGCGCAAGUGCCCGGUCUGUAUGAAAUAUGUCAGGAAAAUGACCAAAAUAUUUCUGAGCUGAAUGCUGUCAUAUAAUACAAGAGUUGCCAUCUUUUGUGGCUUUGAUUAAGUAUAAAAUUAUUAAUGCCGACUUUUUUGUCUGUGAUAUUUUUCUGGAGACAACACCCGCUAGUUUGUAUAGUCGCAUAUAUAUUUUAAAUUGGAAAAUUCUAUUACAUCAUGGUGUGAUUGUUUGAAAUAAAAUCCUGUGAAGUUG